GAACAGCUUUCGGGGUUGAAGUUGUGGUUGGAGGAGUGAAGUAAGGGGAGGAGCAAGUCAGCUUCUUUUCCCUUUCAAGUCUCAGACCUAGGUCUGGAAUCUCCCGAGUGGGACGGUCUUGGCGAGGCGGAUCCAAGGAAACGCGGUAGCUUUCGAUUUCUUUUCCUGGAAACCCCUUUACUUCUCGCUACUGAGCAAUCGCGCCGGGGCCCGCCUCUUCUACUUCUAGCCCGCCCCUGUCGUGGCCCAUCCAAGGAACCUUUUUGGGAUAUAGACAUCAGCAUUCCCUGGACCAAGACCGUGAGCCAAAGGGCGGAGAAAUACAGAGGUGUCGGACUCAGGACCCCGGACAGCGCCCCGAGCAUGGCUGACUCGAAGUCUCUCGCAUCUCUCCAAUGCCCCCGACCCCUCUCUGGGGGGCUGAAGGCGCUGCUGCUAUUGCUGCUCACAGACUGGGCGCUGCUCCGUCCGGCACUGCCUCGGACCCUGCUCUGGCUCCUGCCCACUGGGCCUCCGCUGCUCCGAGUCUGGGGGGUGGGCUUGGGCCGUUGGGGUCUGUUGUGGCUAGGUUUGCGCUGGACCACUAACAGAGAAAGGGCCGACGCUAAAAGCUGGAGGAGUGCUCUAAGGCCCCUGGCGGCAGCGCUGGGGUUGGCUCUGCCCGGGCUCGCCUCGUUCCGGACUCUAAUUGGAAGGGACGCUCCAAGUAGCGGAGGUGGGGUCGGGCCGCUGUACUGGGGGAGCCGACUCGACGCUUUUGCUCUCAGCUAUGCUGUGGCACUGUCGGCGCUCGUCCUGUGGCAGAAACUUGGAAACCUUUGGACGCUGUCCGAUCCCAUGGGUUCGGGGUCCAUCAUGCACCGGCUGCUGGGCUUUCUGGGCCCAGAACUGCGACGCUUCCCACUAGUGAUGUUCUUCCUCGUGUUGUCCUGUCUAGGAGAGAUGGCUAUUCCAUUCUUUACUGGUCACCUCACAGACUGGAUCCUGCAGGAUGAAGCAGCUGCUAUCUUCAACCACAAUAUAGUUUUCAUGUCAAUUCUGACACUAACCAGGUCUGAAAACUGGGCUAGAAAACUCAGAGAAUGGGAAACUUGGGAAACAAGUUGUAAGCUAGGACUCCACUCUGGAAGGGUCAAUACACCAAAAAGACUCCCUUAUCUACAAGUAUUGUGUCCUAUUAAAGUUCUCCUUUCCCUUUCAUUUCUUUCCAGUGCUUUGUUAGAGUUCUUGGGUGAUGGAAUUUAUAAUUACACUAUGGGCCGAGCCCACAGCAAUCUUCAAGGACAAGUGUUCCGGGCUGUGCUGUCCCAGGAGACUGACUUUUUUCAACAAAACCAAACAGGUGCUAUCACAUCUCGGGUGUCAGAGGACACAGCCACGCUGAGUGAGUCCCUGAGUGAGAAGCUAAGCUUGCUCUUGUGGUAUUUAUUUCGAGGACUUUGCCUGUUGGGAUUUAUGAUGUGGGGGUCCCUGACCCUCACUCUGGUCACGUUGAUUGCUUUGCCUGUGCUUUUCUUCCUGCCCAAGGAGCUGGGUAAGUGGCAUCAGUCCCUGGCAAUCCAAGUGCAGACAUCCCUGGCAGAGUCAAGCCAGGUGGCUGUGGAGGCCCUCUCUGCCAUGCCCACUGUGAGAAGCUUUGCCAAUGAGGAAGGAGAAGCACGGAGAUUUGCCCAGGAGCUCCAGAAGACACAAAAACUUAACCAGAAGGAGGCCAUGGCCUAUACUUUCAACAUGUGGACCACCAAUCUCUUAGGACUCUUGCUCAAGGUGGGAAUUCUGUACAUAGGGGGAAAGAUGGUAAUCCAUGGGGAUGUGAGCAGAGGAGACCUUGUCACCUUUGUUCUUUACCAGAUCCAGUUCACCACUGCUGUUGAGGUACUGCUCUCCACAUUUCCUACUGUACAGAAGGCUGUGGGAUCUUCAGAGAAGAUCUUUGAGUACUUAGAGCGGGUACCCCAGUGCCCAUCCAGUGGUUCCCUGGCACCUCUUAGCCUGCAUGGCAUUGUAGAGUUCCAAGAUGUCUUCUUUGCUUACCCCAGCCAACCAGAUGUCUAUGUCCUACAGGGAGUGACGUUUACUCUGCACCCUGGAAAGGUGACAGCACUAGUGGGGCCUAACGGAGCUGGGAAGAGCUCAGUGGCUGCAUUACUGCAGAAUCUGUACCAGCCUUCCCGGGGCCAGGUGCUGCUGGAUGGGGAGCCACUGUUCCAGUAUCAGCACCGGUACCUGCAUUCACAGGUGGCUGCAGUAUCACAAGAGCCACAGAUGUUUGGGCGGAGUCUGUAUGAGAAUAUAGCUUAUGGGCUGAAUCGGAAACCGGAGCUAGAGGAGGUCAUGGAAGCUGCCAGGGAGGCUGGAGCUCACAGUUUCAUCUCUCAGUUGCCCCAGGGCUACCACACAGAGACUGGGGAGUCUGGGAGCCAGCUGUCAGGGGGUCAGCGGCAGGCUGUGGCCCUGGCUCGGGCUCUGAUCCGGAACCCCCGGGUCCUGAUCUUAGAUGAUGCCACCAGUGCCCUGGACACAGACAACCAGUUAUGGGUGGAGCAUCUCCUGUACGAGGCCCCCAGGAAGCUCCCUCAGGCCGUGCUCCUCAUCACCCAGCGCCUCAGCUCUGUGCAAAGGGCUGACCAGAUUCUCUUCCUGGAAGAGGGGGUCAUUCAGGAGAGCGGCACCCAUAGACAGCUCAUGGAGCAACGGGGCCGAUAUUGGACCAUGGUGGAGGGCACAGGCGGGAGCUUAGCUCCUCAGGAAUGAGGGACAUACUUGAAUGGCCAUUGUGAGAAAGCUACAGCUCUUCUCUCACCUAUGAAAGUGUUGUCCCUGAGGAAGAAUGUCAGCCUCUUUGUGACCCAUGAUGGGAUCUAGCAGUUCCACAGAAUUUUUCUAUCUCAAAUUUAUAUUCCUCCUAAUCAUUUUCCCACACUCAUUAUGAAUUCCUUUAAUUUAGGGCUUUCUCUUUUAGAUUUUGAAUACUAGUGGAGGGAAAAGCAAAGAAGCCUUUAAUGAGAACAUCUUAGAAUUCCUUCAUUUUUUUCAGCAAACAUUUAUUAAGCAUCAACUAUAUGUCAACACUGUUUUAGGCACUGGAGAUAUGAAGAUAGAACAAAACAGGUCUUGUCUCAAAGGAUAUUUUGUUUUAUUGCAGCCUAAUUCUAGACUUUGUAGAGCACAGCUAAUCACAGUCAUUAUAGCUCAUAUAUUAGAGCUUUUCAAGGUCUGUAAGUUGAAGGGACAUUGAAAGUGAGGGUGAAAGUUAUCAGAGAGAUUGACUGGGGUAUUUCCAUAUACAAAGUGGUGAUGGGCACUGGAAGAUCCAUUUUUUAUUCAGCUGACAUAGAAGUAUUGUGGAAAUAUUUGGUGUUGAGCAUAAACUUAGUAUUUUGCAAAAUUUUGUGUUUCUUUAGUCUUUCAAGUUGCAAUAGCUCAGUGUUUCUGCAGUUCCUCUUCUAGAUGCCAUGACAGCUAAUCUUGGAAUUCCCCAACCCCAGCUUUCCUUGUCUCUGAUCUCCUAAAAGGGUGUGCUCAGAGGUAUUUGGAGUUAGAAGAUUCAGGGGUUCAACUUUUCAUUUGUCAGUUAUGUAACGUUGGGUCAGUCACUUUGACCCAUUGAGCCCCUUUCUUCUCUUCCCUUUUCAAUCUAUACUUAUUGCUGUCUUUCUUGCUAUCUAGAAAUAAACCCAGAUGUCCCCCAUCCCUUCACAUCCUGUCAUCCUCUAAAUCUAUACUCCUAUUUCUCUCCUCCAUUUAAUGUCCAAACUCAUAUCCAAAUUCUUCUGUGUUCACUAGCUUCAUUUCUUCCCCUAUCACUCCCUUUUCAGUUUCAUGUCAUUUGGCUUCUUUCCUUCUCUCUCCAUUGUUCAUUUGAAAUUGUUCUCUCCAAGGUUAAAGAAAAUAUUUGAAUGACUAAUAUCAGUGAAUUUUUCUCAGUUCUCUUCACCUGCCCCAAAUUUUUAUAUUGUUGUCAGUUUCUUCCUAGAUAUAUAUUCUCAUCUCUAUGUUCAUGAUAGUACUCUUUCUUAGUUCUCCUAUCGAUCUGACCACUCUUUCUAACUUUCCUUUGCUCAAUCUCAUCUUGCUCCCCAAGCAUGAGUAUUCUCUCGAUCUCUUCUGAUCUAUUUUUUUCUUUUUUUAGAAUCGGGCAUUUCAUCAGCUCCCAUGGGGUUCAGUUGCUUCUUUUCAGAAGACCUCUUCAUUUCUAUGGCUUGUCAUCAUUUUUCUUAUGAGGCGAAAUUCCCAUUUUAAGUGUCUGCCCAUCUCCAAUUCCAUGAUCCUUAGGUAUCUCAAACUCACCAUGUCCAGAAAGUGAACUAAUUGUCUUCCUUUCUUAACCUAUCCCUCUCCCAAACUUUCCUAUUACAUCUGAGGGCUUCAGCACCCUUGUAGUCAUGUAGAGUUUUCACCAAUUUCAUAGUCAUCCAUGAAACUUCAAUCUCCUCUAUUCCAACAAUUGUCAAAGCCUAUUGUUUCUCUCUCCACAUCUCUUUUCACAUCUUUUCAAGCCAUUACUCUACUUUUCAUUUUUCUUCCCUUUUUCUUGGACUCCUGGGGUAACCAUCUAAAUAAUCUAUCUUUUUCCACUGUUUUGUUUCUACAAUCUAUAUUUCUCACAACUACUAAAAUAAUCUUAAGGCAUACAUUUGACUAUUACUUUCUUACACUGAACCCUGAUCUUAAAAAAAAGUAUUAAGUGGCUCCUUAUUGACUAUAGAAUAAAAUACAACACUCUCCAUUUGACACUCAAAGUUCUUCUCAAAUGGGUGCUAGCUUGUUUUUCAAGAUAUUUCAUUUCACUAUCCUCCAUAUAUUCCAUAUUCCAGGAAAACUUGCUUAUUUGCUGUUUUUGAACAUCCAAGUUCAAAAGUUCAGUAUCAAAUUGAAUUGAACCUGUCCAGGACUUUGUACAGAGUGUCAUUUCACUCUUGGAAAUCUUUCCUUCUUCAUGUUUCACUUUUUUUCUUGUUUAAGUUUCAGCUUGAGUUUUACUUUCUGUGAAAAGAUAUUCUUAAUUCCCAUUUGUCCUUCCCUAAAUUUGCAAAUUAUGUGAUUUUUAUAUGUUCAUAUAUUGAGAUCCUAAGGAGACUGUAAGGAUCUGGAGGAAAGAGACUGUAUUCAGUUUUAUAUUUGUAUCCUCCCUCCAAAAAUUGCCAUGUCAUUUUUGGGGGCUUAUUUCUCAAGCUGCUUAGAGACUUUGUGUUGGUUACCUCCUCAUUUGAAAGGGGCAAGAAUGUGGUUAUAUGGGAGAGAAGAGAGGUCUCAUCUUCUAAGCUUUAACUGAUCUCUGCCAUUUUCUCUUUCACUCAUCUGCAUAAUAGAAAAAACAUAAUAUUUGAAAACUGGGGAAUAUUGAAACUGAGGACUGUUUGAUACUUACUAGACAAAUAAUCACUACACACUUUAUAGUCUAUUCUUUAGAAAUUAAAAUUGAGAAUAAUAUAGCAUACCCACCAUAAGCAAGGCUGAAAUCUUUGAUAGAGGGACUCAAAUGUCCUCGCCCAGGAAUACAAAUCCAGAGAAAAAACUUUAGCCGAAAUGGUUAGAUAUGGUGAACCCAAAACUUUGGUUAGUAUAGCAUCAAGGGAGAAAGAAUAAAAGCUGAGGUACAAAAGAAUAGGCUUCUUAGCAUUAUGCUAAAACAAGAAAUCAAUACUCCAUCUGGAGUUCUUAAUUUGAGAUCCACUAACAUGUAUUUGAAAAAUAUUUUUGUAUCUCAAUAUAUUCGGCUUCCUUGGGAAAGUCUCAGUAUUUUAUUUCAUGCUUUAAAAAUAUUAUUCUGUGUAGAGUUCCACAUGAUUUAAUGGAUUGACAAGGGGCUGGAUGACACAAAAAAGGUUAAAGAAGAAAGUCAGAAAAACCAGUGAAGAGAUAUCCUGCUAGUCUCAGGGAACAGUUUCUGAGUUUUCCCAAGAGGACUAGAAAAGACCUCUACUCUUUAAAUCAAAAGAAAAUGGCCACUUUUUUUUCCCUUUGAGGAAGAGAGAGCUAAAGAUUUCUGUUGAAUGAAUAACUGGAGGUGAUAAGUAGCAUCCAUCUGAGCAAUAUUAGGGUGAGACUGAGAUACCACAAGUAUCCCCCUCGGGUAGACCUCAUGGGAGCAGCUCAGUAACAUGACCAACUCUCUAGUCACACAUGUUCUUUGCAUGUGCUCCCAACCCUCCACAUUCUCUAUAUUUGUCCACUCUAAACUGUGCUGUAUAAAUUUGUAGCAUCCCAGAUUUAUGCCAGAAAUGUUUUGUUGCUGUGUUUCUUAAUGUGUCACAUCAUGAAAUGUAUUUAAUUUUCAAUGAUUAUUUCUUUGGGUUGACUAUUAAAGUUAAACACUUCUAUGGGGCCCAUGAACUAUGCUAUUGAGAAACAGGCCCUCAGAGUUCCUUGAAACUAGAGAAUAUAUAUAUUUUUUUGAUCUCAUGUUUCUUGUACAGCAUGAUAAUUGUGGAAAUAUGUAUAGAAGAAUUGCACAUGUUUAACAUAUAUUGGAUUACUUGCUAUGUAUGGGGAAGGGGAUGGGGAAGGAAGGGAGAAUUUGAAACAAGGUUUUGUAAGGGUGAAUGCUGAAAAUUAUCUAUGCAUACAUAUAUUUUGAAAAUAAAAAGCUCAAAAAAGAGAAAGAAACUAGAAAAUAAUUUUCUCUGGGCAAAACCAAAGCUGGGAUUUGGAGAGGGUAGUGUAAAUGCUACAGGCCCUACACACAAAGCCUAAUUUCUGCAGGUAGGACUGGAUCGUCUGGUAAAGGACUCUGCUUUGGGAUUUAGAGGAGGUUGGUUCAAGUUUCCUUUUCUGUAAAAAGAGGAUCUUAAACAUUACUGGAUGAUCACUAAGGCUCCUGCCUACAUAAAAAUUUGAUGAUCUUGGGUGUAAAAUGGCAAGUUUGGGGGAAUCGGGAUGGGACACUGAGUAAAUUUCUGGAUUUGCAAGCAGCAAACCUGGAAUAAAUUUGUCACUUACUA